GUGUAUGCUAUGUUAAUGGCGUACAUGUCUGCCUGCAGCAGUUGUAGUUUAACAACUGUCAAUUUGUGAAUAAUAUUUAUAAGAAUUAGAAUUAGAAUUUAAAAUGGAUGACCAUUCGGAGGAGUGUCUUUUUGUUGUGGACGAUGUUAGCAGUAUUAUUAAGGAAGCUAUAGAAAAUGUUAUCGGUGGAAAUAAUUAUCAACAAUUGAAAGUGAAUUCAUGGACUUCCAAAGUUGUUGAAUCAUGUCUGCAUUCAUUAUCCAAACAAGAAAAGCCUUUCAAAUAUAUAGUAUCGUGCACAAUUAUGCAAAAAGUUGGCGCUGGUCUCCAUACAGCUAGUUCCUGUUAUUGGGAUGAUGCAACCGACGGAAGCUGUACAGUACGUUGGGAGAACAAAUCCAUGUAUUGUAUCGUCUCUGUGUUCGGACUAGCUAUUUGAAAAUCAAAGACACAAUUCAUCAAAUCAAUUCUAUUCUAUUCUAUUCUAUAAUUCAACUAAUCAAAUAAUAAUAAUAAUAAUCAUCAUCGCAUAUUUCUAGAUUUCUAAUUCAGGUUUUUUAUGGAAUUGAUUUGAUUUGUUGAUGAAAUUGAUAGAAAUCUUCAGUCCACGCAAAAUAUUAUUUUAUAUGAAAUUCAUUUAAAUCAAGUAAAUCGACAGUUGAGUUGAGUUCAUUCAAACUGUACUGUACUGUUUUAUACUAUACUAAGUAAUUUAUUUUUGUAUAUAAGUAGAGUCUAAAUCCACACCACCAUUUAAAAAAAAACAAUUAUAUUAACUAUAUCACGUUCACCUUGGCCGUCAGAGUCUUAGCCGUCCUUACUGUGAAUCAGUCCCAAUCCAUGUUAAUUCCCUACUCAUUUGAUAACUUUUAUCCUUCUUUGAAUUAAAACGGCGACACAAUUAGAGUCAUAACAUAAGUAACAUUGUUAGAAUGGUUAAGACGGCUUAAGGUGGCUUAAGACAACCCUUCGGAUAAUGCAUAACAUAAUUUUGGAAUGAAUUUUAAUGGCUAGAAACUCAAAAUGUUAGUAGUCGAAGUUGAAACCAAAAAACAUAAAAAGAUUCUAUAUUCUAUUCUGUUCUAUUUUAUUGAAUUGUAUCUAUAUUCUAGUUGUUUAGUUUAAAAUAA